AUGUUUUCGUGGGUCAUGGCCGGCAACCUGGCGUUUCUUUUGAUAGGAACAACCACGUUCUUUUCAUUGCUUCUCUACACCAUGAACACCGUUUUGGCACAGGAAAUGGUGGCCGAAUGGGUCGGCAACACCAUCACCAAGAAUUCGGCGCUCAGUGUCACUUUUGAGAACGCCAUUGUGCCCAACUGGAAAGACGGCAAGAUCCAAUUCAACCAUUGUAUAGUGAGUCGCAGACCACGGAAAAAACAGAUGUUUCGCAAAAAGGACAAAGAACAGAUCGCCGUGCCUGAGGAGGACUACGACGACGGUAACUACACGCAGUUUGACCUGACAAUCGACCAGAUCGACGUCUCGCUCAGCUUCACGAAGUGGUUCUCAGGGCGCGGGAUCAUCGAUACGUGCGCUUUAAGAGGAGUGCGAGGAGUGGUGGACAGAACACACGUUUACUGGAAACCAGGCGACUCUGCAUUGAACUACAAAAACAUCCACCGGUAUGGAGACUGGGAGAUCUCGAAUUUCCGGAUCCAGGACCUGCUGGUGACGAUGCAUAACCCGAACAAGUUCCGCAGCUUUGAGAUCUCUGUGUAUAACUGCGAGAUGCCGCUGUUCCGCAAGAACUGGCUGUUUUUCGACAUGCUAAACGGGAAACACAUCAACGGGUGCUACGACGGGGCACUUUUCACGAUCGACAGGGUGCUCCACACGGACGAUUACCGCGAGGAGCGAGAAAUGGGGGGCCAGGUUGAAAAAUACCGGCACAGCAUGCACGGCCCGUCGCAGGGCGAGCUGGACCUCACAAACAAGAACGUGACCCGGCUACGGAUCGACAACCUGCCGUUGGAACACCUGAACGGCGGGAUGAAAGGCCCGUUUGGCUGGAUCAACAAGGGCACCGUGGACAUGAUUGGCGACGUUAUAGUCCCGGCCGACGCGUCGACAGAACAUGUGUCGUUGCGGAGUGUUAUUGAAUAUUACACAAAGAAAUCCAACACGAACGAGACCGACGACGCACCGUUCAUAAUGGAUUUCUACCUGCGGCUCAAAAACCCCAAGGCUAGCGUGCCGCUAUUUGCGAACGAGCUAUCUUAUGUGAAUAGCGCAUUGAUCCGGCCGAUUGUCGGAUACAUAAAUUCGCGAAAAACUUUUAUCCCGAUCUAUUGUCGGGUUUUUAAAGAUCUGAAAGAUUUUGACGGGUCUUGGACGGUUUAUGACAGCAUGUUGAUGGACGAUUUGAGUGUGGGCGUGUACAACAGUCUUGAAGAGUACUUAGGCGACGAGCAGUUCCAGCGGGAAAAAUUACGCAAAGUUGGGUUCUGGUCGCUGCAGUUCGUCAUCCAACUGGUGCUCUGGAGCUUGAGUGGGAUGUAA